UUCCACAAAAGAUUUACAGCAAUUUCGAUGUAUAUUGUGUCCGAUACAAUUAUGGCAGCACACCACGAACACGGCCUACUACUGUGAAAUUUUUUUUAACAGAAGGUCAAAACUUAGCAGCGUUCGUUCCCGGCACGUCACUACUUUACAGAAUAAAUUAUUCUCUCCUUGGUUUCGGUACUCAUUGUGCCGUUGCACUGUCAACAUUCAUACCCCAGUGCUCACCAGUAGAACAAUUCACCAUAACAGAGCAGUCCCCCUCCACCUCGGCUCGACGGAAUGAAUCGCGAAUUUGGUAGUCGUCGAAUGCCGGUGGUUAAAAUGCAUUCAAACGCAUGUGAUCUCAGCAACCGGUGAAAUCGUCGUAUGGAAUUCCCAAAGUUUCGAACCGGUUUGGUGUGAAUAUCGUGAACAUUAGAAAAUAUACCUCCAAACCAGUCUUAGCACCAACCGAUUAUAAACAACUGGAUAUCUGGAUACUGUCGUCGUAAACAACGAAGCGCUUGUGGACAUAACCCAUUCUGGGUUUACGCGGGAUAUACUUUCGGUUGCUGAAGAACCGGAACCUCGAGUACCUGAAAAUAGUCCUCAGCAUGAAGCUCACAUAUACUUUAGGGAUAGUCCUGCUAGUAAUUUCACAGCACGCCAACUGCCAAAGACAGCAAUCGUUUGCAAGCCAAUCGGAUGGCUCUACGGAACCCAGCAAUUCUAACAGCGUCGAUAUAGUGGCCAACAGCGUGACCAACUUGGCUCAGAAGAUCAGCAGGGCCAUCGUGAGCCAGCGAAGCAAGACGGAAAUAUUCUCCCCGGUCAGUAUUGCCGGGGCACUGUCGCUGCUACUACUCGGAUCCGGCGGUACAACUCGAUCCGAACUGAUGGACCUGAUGGGUUUCUCGGGCGAACAGAUUAACUUUACCGACAUUCACAAGGGUUUCGGUAAGCUGUUCCGGGAGCUAGUCUCCAAUGAUCCCAGCUUGAAAGCCAAUGUGCCGUGGCGGCAGAAUGACAAGUGCAACAAUGUCGACUAUGAUGAUGAUGAUUUCACGUCCUCGCGGGGAAGCUUCCCCGGUAGUGCCAAAGGUAGCCGGCCAAGGCGAGAUGCAGACUCCCAUACCAUCUCGGUGGCAAACGGAGUCUUCGUCAACCCGGACCUCCAGUUGAACAGCAACUAUGUGAAUCUUACCAGAAAUCUAUACGACGGUGAAAUCUUGCAGCUACCGUUUGACCAGGACCCAGAGGGAUCAGCAGCUGCCAUCAACCGAUGGGUUCAGGCGAAAACCAGAGGCAAAAUCCAGGACAUUAUUAGUGCCGAUCAAGUCGACGGUAUGCCGAUGGUGCUGGCGAGUGCACUUUAUUUCAAGGCGAAAUGGGAAAGUAUGUUCAGCGUUCCGGAUACGAGACCCAGAUCAUUCUAUUUGAACGGCAGAGAGCAACCACCGGUCGACGUUGAAACGAUGGUCGCUUCCGGGUGUUUUCCGUACUACGACGCGAAAGAUAUUGAUGCCAAAAUAUUGGGUUUACCAUAUCAGGAAGGAAAAUCUACGAUGUACAUUCUACUUCCGAACGAUUCGGAUAGACGAAAAUUGCAGUCCAUUCUGACAGGCAGCUUCAAUUUACAGCUGUUUAACCAACUAAUCGAUAGAAUGCAAGUGAGGAAUGGAGCGCUAAGCAUGCCAAAGAUGCGUCUGGAAAAUAUGUUUGAAUUGAAACAGAUAUUGAUUAGCUUGGGAUUGCGAAGCAUUUUCGAUCCGAGCACCAGCAAUCUAUCCGGUAUGUCCGGCGGAAGUGAUCAGAGUAGUAUUGGCGGAAAUCCAAAUAGACGCAGACCAACCUCAGCAGCUAGGCCGGGUCCUCCCCAGAUCACUACUCGUAAUCCAAUCCUAUUCCCAUCAAAUGCACCUCGUGCUCCUCCACCAGAUCAUGCCCCAGCCGAACAAGCUCCGAAUCGAAUCGUUAGAUUCCCGGUCGGACUGGAGGAGUGCAAUUCCAUCAACAAUUGUGUCUUCAAUAGUACAUGUAACUGCGAUGUAAACACUCGUGGAGCUUUCGACCAAUGGGGUUGCCACCAGAAACCAUUUUUUGUAGCUAGCCAGUGUCCGUCCGGCAGUAUUAAAUCGAUAACGGAAGCAAGUAUGUGUAUUAUUGAUUCAUACGAUCCGUUUCAUGAACUAAACUUUGAUCGAUGCACGGAACGAAAUUGCUAUUUCAUCUCGAACACGUGCUAUUGCUGCAAAUACAGAUCACCAAGCACUACGACUGUCCCUACAAGCGAACAAGUAGUGCCUCAGUCACAAUCAGAACAAUCGCCCGGAACAGCUCAGCAACAAUCGGAAUCCCUGCCGGAACCAUUCGAGAUCUCUAAUCGGUUCAAGCCGACCACUACGAAGCCACCUCGGCAGUGCCAGAAGUAUCGACGCUGUGAUUUGUACGGACGCUGUGAUUUAGUGACCGUAUGUGCUUUGAUCAACGAACAAAACUCCUACUCUCCCAGAACGGUACGACAUAAACGUCAAAGUGGGAACAACGGUAAAUCGAACCUGUACGCGGGUGCAAUAAUGCACAAAGUUCAUUUGGACGUCGACGAGCAAGGCACGGAAGGUGGUGCAGUCACCUUGGUUGCGGUCGACAGGAUUUCGUCUUCUUUUACGAUGAGGGUAGACGGACCAUUCCUGAUUUAUGUGCGAAACGAUGUCACGAAAUUACCCCUAUUCUACGGGGCAGUGUACGAUCCGAGAUCGUGAGAACCAGUGAACGGAAUUUUCUCAAUGCAAGAAUAAAAUAACUGUACUUCGUCUA